AUGGAGGGUAAAAGACUAAUUGCUAGCAUCAGAAAGUAUCACAAAACGGCUACAAUCGUUGUGUACGACCUAGGGCUCACCCUUGAAAGGUGCUGUGCGAGUGAAGCGAUGGUGUCAAACUAUCCCUCAUAUUUUGAACAACUACACACAUUUCGAUGGAAACCGAUUGUGAUAGCAGAGGCACUUAGAGAUUAUGGAGCUGUUUGGUACAUGGACACCUCCGUAAUCUUAGAGAAAGGCGACCUUCGACAUGUACAAGCGUUAGUGACAUGCAAAGCAAAACCACGUAUCAGGUAUAUUCUUUAG